UUGGCUGGCGGGGCGGUUGGCGCGAAUCGUCUCCAUGGCGACGCGUAAACAAAUGGCGGCGGCCAGGCCUGAGUGGGGACGGGGCUGGUAGCGGAGUUCUCUCCUUCUCCUCCCUCUUUAUGGCGGGCAGCGAGGAGAGAAGGAGAGCAGGCAGCAUCGGGGAGCCGCUUCCCCCUUCUCACGAGCCGCCCCUCGCACAGGGGUUCCCCGAGGAGCAGCCGCGGCUCGGCCCGCCUCACCGCGAGCAUGAGGAGGAGGACGGCGAAGAGGAAGAGUCAGAGCGCGCCGAGGGGGUGUUGGAUGAAGACACUGCUGCUGAGGGACUCCACACCUUGGGCUACUCAGCCCCUGGGACUGAAUAUGUUUAUCUUCAUCUCUCACUUCCAGGUCGUGGGUUGAGUGACAUCAGCAUUCUCUCUGGAUACACUCACCUGCAGAAAAUGGAGCUUUCCUCUAAUAAAAUUAAUGAUCUUUCCUGUAUCAGUCACAUGCCUUAUUUACUAGAGCUGAAUGCUUCCAAAAACCAACUGACCACAUUCUUCAAUUUUAAAGCACCUAAAAACCUCAGGGAAGCAGAUUUUUCAUACAAUCAAAUCCCAAAAAUGCAAGAUUUGUCAGCAUACCACUCACUUACCAAACUCCUGCUGGAUUUUAAUGAGAUUGAGGAGAUCAGAGGGCUGGAGAAGUGUCACAGCCUGACCCAGCUGGGAUUGUCACACAACAAACUCACUGCCAUCAGGGGCCUGCAGAAUCUGCCCAUCAAAAUCCUCAACCUGAGCUUUAACCAGAUUGAGAAGGUGAAUGGGCUGAAGAACUUGAAAAAGCUGCAGAGGGUGGAUCUGUCCAAUAAUAAAAUAAACAGUCUGCAAGGCCUGGAGGAACAUGAUCUACUGGAGUUCAUCAACCUGGAGGAAAACCAGGUGGCUGAGCUGAGUGAGCUUAAAUGGAUUGAAGAUCUGCCUCUCCUCAGGGUUUUAAAUCUUCUUAAAAACCCUCUACAGGAAGAAGAUUGUUAUUGGCUCUCAGCGAUUUUCAUGUUGCUCCAAGUCACAGAACUGGAUCUCAAGAAGGUUUCAGUGGAAGAAAAGGUUGCUGCUGUGAAUAAUCAGGACCCUCCUCCAGAAGUUGUGGCUGCUGAGGAUCACAUCAUUCACGUUUUGCACAACAUUCAGCAGCCCCAGAGAGUCCUGCACAGCACUUUGCCUGGUGCUGAUGAAGACUACCCCAUGCUGGUGUUACUGGGGCCUCUGGCUGGUGGGAAGAGGCAACUUUCCCUCAAAAUCUGCAGAAAAUUCAAGAAUUCUUUCAGAUUUGGGCCCUGUCACACCACCAGGACAGCUUAUUUUGGGGAAGAGAACAGACUGGAUUAUUAUUUCAUUUCUCAAAAAGCAUUUGAAGAAAUGGUGACAGCAGGGAAUUUUCUGCUAACCUACACAUACAGUGGCCACAGCUAUGGACUGGCAAGAGACACGGUGGAAUCCAUAGCCAGGGAGGGGCUGGCUACCUGUGUCCACCUGGAAAUAGAGGGUGUCCGUAGCUUGAAAAAUACCCACUUUAAACCCAGGUACAUCCUGCUGGUCCCAAAGGACAAAAAGAAAUAUGAGGAACAUCUGAGGAGAACAGGAUUGUUCAGCAGGGCAGAAAUUGAAGAGGCAGUGGCCAGAGUGGACAUGUACCUGCAAAUAAAUCAGGAUUUCCCUGGAUAUUUCCAUGCAGUCAUCAACACAGAUGAGCUGGAUGAGGCAUUCACAGAGCUGAGUCACCUCGUGAAGAUCUACCUGGGCUUGGAGCCUCCUGAAUUUUUGGACAACAUCCAAGGCACCAAGAGCAGGGCAGGCUCCAGAACUCAGCUGUUGCCAGAGGAAGAACCAUCCCCAGGAGAAGUCAGUGACUUCUUGGAACCUUCUCCCAAAAAUUAUCCCAGAGACCUCCAGGAUGUGCUGAAUGCAGCACCAGGAUCUGUGGUAAGGUGCUGGAUCCCAAAAUCCUGGGAGGUUUUUUGAGC